AUGGCGGCGCAGAGGAGGAGUCUGCUGCAGAGUGAACAGCAGCCCAGUUGGACAGAUGACUUACCAUCCUGUCACCUCUCUGGGGUGGGCUCAGCUCCAAACCGUUCCUACAGUGCAGAUGGCAAGGGGACAGAGGGUCACCCCUUGGAAGAUAACUGGUUAAAAUUCAGGAGUGAGAACAACUGCUACCUCUAUGGUGUCUUCAAUGGCUAUGAUGGCAACCGAGUCACCAAUUUUGUUGGUCAGAGGCUCUCUGCAGAAUUGCUGCUAGGGCAGCUCCAUGCAGAUCACAGUGAUGCUGAUGUGCGUCGAGUUCUGCUGCAGGCAUUUGAUGUGGUAGAAAGAAGUUUUCUGGAGUCCAUUGAUGAUGCCUUGGCAGAGAAGGCCAGCCUGCAGUCCCAGCUACCAGAGGGUGUCCCUCAUCACCAAUUGCCUCCUCAGUACCAGAAGAUUGUGGAGAGAUUGAAGGUUGUAGAGCAGGAGAUCUCUGGAGGAGCCAUGGCUAUUGUGGCUGUUGUUCUCAACAACAAGCUCUAUAUCGCCAAUGUGGGUACCAAUCGGGCACUGUUAUGCAAGUCCACGGUGGAUGGGCUGCAGGUGACUCAGCUCAACGUGGACCAUACGACAGAGAACGAGGAUGAACUCUUCCGCUUCUCCCAGCUGGGCUUGGAUGCAGGGAAAAUAAAACAAGUGGGAACUAUCCGUGGGCAGGAAAGCACUCGGCGCAUUGGGGAUUACAAAGUCAAAUAUGGCUACACUGAUAUUGAACUGCUCAGUGCUGCUAAAUCUAAGCCCAUCAUAGCAGAGCCUGAAAUCCACGGAGGGCACUCGCUGGACGGGGUGACUGGGUUCUUGGUGCUCAUGUCUGAAGGGCUCUACAAAGCACUGGAGGCAGCUCAUGGACCUGGGCAGGCCAACCAGGAAAUUGCAGCCAUGAUUGCCACGGAGUUUGCCAAGCAGACGUCGCUGGAUGCCGUGGCACAAGCAGUCGUGGACCGCGUGAAGCGCAUCCACUGUGACACUUUUGCCAGUGGUGGGGAGCGGUCCAAGUUCUGUCCCCGGCAUGAAGAUAUGACGCUGCUGGUGAGGAAUUUUGGGUACCCGCUGGGGGAGAUGAGCCAGCCCACGCUGACACCUUCUCCCUUCUCAGGAGGCCGUGUCUACCCAGUCUCUGUGCCAUAUUCCAGCUCCCAAAGCACAAGCAAGACAAGCGUCACGCUGUCUCUCGUCAUGCCUUCCCAAGGCCAGAUGGUCAAUGGUGCCCACAGCAGCUCAACUCUGGAUGAAGCCACCCCCACCCUCACUAACCAAAGCCCAACUGUGACGCUCCAGUCGACUAACACUCACACACAGAGCAGCAGCUCAAGUUCAGACGGGGGUCUUUUCCGCUCCCGACCCACCCACUCACUCCAGCCAGAUGAAGAUGGGCGUGUGGAGCCCUAUGUGGAUUUUGCAGAGUUUUACCGGCUUUGGAACAUGGACCAUGGCGAGCAGGGAGCACUGACUGUGUCCUAACAUGGAAAUCCAUCUCCUCCAGACACCCUGUUCUCAGCUGCAUGAGCAAAGACUGAGGCAAGAAUGAGAGCACUCC